GUUCGGUGCGGAUCGCAACAGUCGCGAGUGCGAGUGAAAUAUUCAAACCAAAUUAAAAAACCAAGUUCAAUUCGAAAAUGUCCACAUCACAGGCUGUUGUUGGGGAGUGCAAUAAUGUGUCAACCGUUGCCACAUUGGAGACGAGUGCGCCAAAGCACAGCAAUGGCAACGGCAGCAUGAACAACAACAAUAGCGCCCGUUCCAGCCGCGUUGGCAGCGCAACGGGCAGCGGCACGGAUGCCGCAGCUCUGGAGGAGCAACGCUUUGGCUGGCUUCGCUUCCAGCCGCAGUGGCUGCAGCGCUUCUGCACCGCCAAGUGGGCGCUCUUCUGGCUCUGCUGGGGCGGCGCAUUGCAGGGCCUAAUCGUGAAUGGAUUUGUGAAUGUGAACAUUUCGACGAUCGAGCGGCGUUUCGGCUUGCGUUCCCGCCAGACGGGUCUCGUGGCCAGCGGCUACGAUCUGGCCUCCUUUGUGUGCCUGGUGCCCGUGACGUACUACGGCGGCAGGAGGGGCGCAUCCAAGCCGUGCUUCAUUGCGAUUGGACUGCUGCUGAUGGGGCUGGGCUCGCUGAUCUUCGCGCUGCCGCACUUCCUGGUCGGCAGCUAUAGGGCGACCAUAGCCGAGGCGAACGUCUGCGAGCGGGCGAACCAGACGACGCAGGGCUGUGAGGCGCUGGAGCAGGAGCAGGAGCAGGAGCUGGGCGAGAGUUUGACUUGGACGGUUUGGCUGUUCUUUGGGGCGCAACUUUUGCAUGGCGCCGGCGCCGCGCCGCUCUUCACGCUGGGCGUCACCUAUCUGGAUGAGAACGUAUCCACAAAGAUGUCGUCUGUUUACUUGGGUAUUUACUAUACGAUGGCCAUAAUUGGACCGGCCGUGGGCUACGUACUGGGCGGUCAAUUGCUGCUCAUUUAUACGGAUUUCGUUGCCGUGGACGCGGCCGACCUGAGCCUGACGAGCGACAGCAAAGUGUGGAUCGGCGCCUGGUGGAUUGGCUUCGUGUUCGCCGCCUUGGUGUGCGUGCUCAUAGCCAUCCCGAUCUUUGGCUAUCCGAAAUCCCUGCCGGGUGCCGAGCAGCUGCAGCUGGCCAAGAUUUCGGAGGCGCACACCAAAAAGGCGGCCGAACCGGAAUCGGAGCAUCGGCGGCGUCUCGGCGAGCUGCCGCACGCCGUGCUGACCCUGUUCCGGAAUCCCACGUUCUUCUUCCUCAACCUGGCUGGCGCGACGGAGGGGCUGGUGAUAGCGGGCUUUGCCGCCUUCCUGCCCAAACAGAUCGAGAAUCAGUUUGGCAUCUCGCCCGUGAUCUCGGCCCUGGUGAUGGGUCUCAUCACGGUGCCCGCCGGCGGCGGCGGCACCUUUCUGGGCGGCUACCUGGUGAAGAAGUGGAACCUGGCCUGCGGCGGCAUCAUCAAAAUGUGCCUCUUGACCACGCUGCUGGCCACCUUCUUCACCAGCUGCUUCCUGAUCACGUGUCCCAAUGCACAGUUCGCGGGCGUGACCACAGCCUACGAGCCGGGGCAGGUGGGCGCCUUAACGCUGGAGGCGUCCUGCAAUGCCAACUGCGGCUGCAGCCGGAGCAAUUAUGAUCCCAUUUGUGGCGCCGAUGGCGUCAUGUACUACAGCCCCUGCUUUGCGGGCUGCGGCAACGAGCAGCAGCUGGACACCUUGAAGAACUACAGCAACUGCAGCUGCAUUGGGCGCUGGGAUGCCGAGCAUCCCGGGGCGUUGCUGCCCGAGGCCACGAAUGUCAUGUGCGAGUCCAAGUGCCAGAAUCUGCCCUACUUCGUGGCGCUCUGCUUCGUCCUAAUGCUGUUCACCUUUCUGGCCACAAUGCCAGCACUGUCUGCCACGCUCAGAUGCGUGCAGGAUGAGCAGCGUUCCUUUGCCUUGGGCCUGCAGUGGAUCAAGGUGCGCUUGCUGGGCACCAUACCCGCACCCCUAAUCUUUGGCGCUCUGAUUGACGAAUCCUGCGUCCUGUGGCAUGAAUCCUGCGAUGCGCCUGCAGGCGGCGCGUGUCUGGUCUACGAUAAUUUCUACAUAAGUCGGUUAGUUUUGAACCAUUUGCAAUUAAUUAACAUUCCAUUUAAUUUGUUCUUCUUGCGCAGCUACAUGUGGCUGCUGGCCCUCAUUGGCAAACUCUGCUCCGUAUUGUUCUUUCUGGGCGCCUGGUGGUUCUAUGUGCCGCCCGGCGAAUCUGCGAAUGCUAAAAAGGAUGCCGAAAUUUAGGCCCAACUAUCAAAACGGAAUCAGGAACUGAAUUCAACUAACUGUUGACUGCCACUGCCAUUUAAAUUCGAAUGCCCAUUAAUCUAUUUAAAAUACAUAUGUAUUUAAUAUGCGCAUUGAUUCGCUUAGAAAUCAAAUUUUAACUUUUUUUCAGCCGUUAAGAUUGUCUACCAAUAGUCCAAGCUGGUCUCAUUAACAUUCGUAAGCUGUCUAUUUUAAUCAAUAAGUAUAGCAUAAGUAAUUAUUGUAUAACACGCAUCUU